CGACCCGUCCAGUCAAGAAGCAGGAAACGUUCCUCCCACUUUGUGUUCGCAGAGACUUCAGUUUGUAUCGGCAGUAAUUUACCGUUUCAAUCCUCAGAUUAUUAAAGAAGCUUUCGGUGGAGCAGAUUAGUGAUGAUUUGUGAUUGAGUGUUGUGAGACGGGGCUUUUUCUUUCGAUAAACGUAUCAUGGUUACGUCAGCGUUGAACAGCAAAAGCCCAGCGGGACCUGAUCCGACCGAAGGGACGGAGAAUGUGAAAACACUGAAGCCUUUCCCUCAGUACGGCGCCAUGAGCGGACACUCAUCGGGAGAAACCUGCCCCACCUGUCGAGGCACCGGUAGGAUUCCCAGAGGCCAUGCAGACCAGCUGGUGGCUGUGAUACCGUGUAAUGAUGUGAGGCUGAAACCCAGACGCACGAUGCUGUACGUGUGCUUCUCCAUGGUUCUGUGCCUCCUGCUGUGCUGUCUGAUCCUCUUCUUCCUCUUCCCCCGGAGCGUCACCCUCACGCCCGUGUCUGUGCUGUCGGUCAUGGUCUACUUCACCCCAGAUUCCGUCGACAUGAGGGUCACCAAUCUCAUCAACAUCUCCAACGAGAACUUUUUCCCGGUUCAGAUCGUCGAGUUAAACAUUCAGGGUCUGGUCCUCAGAGCAAUUGUCGGAACUACCAAGAUUACUAACAUGACCACCAUCCCGUCCUGCUCACAGAAAUCGGACACCAUUCAAAUUGACCUGUCUAUUAUCGACAAAGGCCUAAACGAGUACUGCAAGUCCAGCUCUAUCAAGAUUCACACGUUAUUUCUGGAGCUGCAAAUGACGAUGAAUAUUUCUUAUCUCUCUCACACGGAGCAGCUGUCUCUGGACACCUUUGAGUAUAUUGACUGUGGCGCCAAUUCAACAAUCCCUCAUCCUGUGAGAUGAUGAAAUCUAAAUGAAAAACGCUGAAGUGGGAGUGUGAAAUAAUGAAUAUUCUGGCUGCAUUGCACCCCAUCUCCUCUUCUGUGUGUGACUUUGUGAAUGAUAACCACUGUGAAAAUGCAUCUAAUCCAUCCAGUGAUUCGUGUCUUUUACUUAAAGGUUCUAUAUACAGGACUCGGAGCAUUAAUAUAACAUCAAAGUACUAUAGUCUAUGUUAAGAUACAGUGGAGUAAUGUCUACCUGAGCAGAGUGUGUGUUCAAAUCGGAGCUUCUCUGCUUCGUUUACAUUGCCAGCCGUGUAUGCAUUUUAGUGAAUUUCUUUUAUAGCCACAUGCAUUACUAGAAUAAUAUAAACAUAAAAUAGCACAAUAAUAAUAAAUAUUUUUCUUUCCAUCAUCAAACCAGGCGGCAAC